CAGUGAGUGUUAGCUUUCUACUUAAGCCCCACCUCCUGUGAUAUAUUCAAGUGCUGAACCCUGGAGCACACUCUGCACAGCAGCUGCAUCAAUGGAAAUGUUCAACACUUUACUCUUUUAUGUCUUUCUUUCAUCAGUCUUUCUAAGUAAGUUAUAUGUUUUUACAAUAAUUAAAACAGUGAGGUAUAUUACAUCCAGUCACUCGUGCCUGAAUUAAUUGAUUUUAUAUAUGAAUAUAUCAAUGUUUCAAUCAUGUUUUACUGCAUAUUAUGUUUUUGGGGCAAAUACAUUCAAGUUCCUUCCAAUAGAUAUAUAAUAGAACAUAUUUUUCUAGAGGCCUUAAAUAUAAAUGUUUCAUUAUGAAAAGUCAUAUUUACUGAUGCUCUUAUUUUCAGGUUUUGUCUCAGGGGAGAAAGUUACCCAGUCACCCCCUGAAGUGACAAGUGGUGAAGGGACGCAGGCCAUGUUCUUCUGUAGUACUGAUGUGACAGCUUCUAGUAUGUAUUGGUACAUACAGAAACCUGGGCAAGUACCUCGUCUUCUCUUUCGUGAUUUCACCAAAGAAGAAGAUCUAGAUGAAGAAGUGAAAGGUCGCCUUUCCUACAAAUAUGACAGAACAAAAAAUCAGUUUCCUCUGAAUAUUACCAAAGUGAGAAUUGCCGAUGCAGGGACUUAUUACUGUGCCAUGAAUCCCACACUGUAUAAAAAGCAUAAAGAAGAUGUACAAUAACAUUAGACAAACUGAAACAGUGUAACAUUUGCUUUAUACCAUGAGAUGGC